AUGCGAUUUAACAAACAACAUUUCGUGAUCGGUGAUAACCGCAACUUAUCUUCAUCGAGUAAACAUCUAGAGGAUGAACGGUCAAUCUCCAAGGCCGACAAAGAUGGCGUAGACUAUAUCGAGAUGGCGGAGUCACUCAAUAAUUCCCCUUCGCGCAUCAGAAAAGCUCGGAACAGCUUCCAAAGUCACUGGCGACGUUUCUGGUGCAUAUAUGCCAUUGCUAGUAUCAUAUUUCUGGCGAUAUUCUUACCAGUAUUCUUUCUCGUCGCAGUACCGGCAAUUGCGCAGAGAAUUGUUGACAACACAAAUCUUCCUGUUUAUGGGGCCCAAAUCCUCGACCCGAAACCCGAAGAAGUCAGUUUUACACUUCAAACAUCCUUGAGAAUUCCAAUGGGCCUCCGAAUUCAUACAGACCCUCUAGAUCUUAGUCUCUUCAGCAGGGAUAUCACGCCUAUGGAACCAUAUCUCACCGUCGCAUUGCCAGCGUAUAACCUAAAAGGCGAAACGGAUAUGACAGUGACAAAGAACGAUACAAGAAUCCUCAACCAGGCCCAAUUCAUCGACACUCUCACAAAGGCUGUAUACAACAAAAAGUUUACACUCUCCGCAAAAGGCUCUACAGUUGGCCAUCUUGGAGCUCUGAAAGCACCAUUAACUCUAGAUAAAGACAUUGAAUUAGACGGUCUAGAUAGGCUCAGUGGAUUUUCUAUUGACUCAGCCCGACUUCUAUUGCCGAAGGAAGAAGACGGUACCAAUAUUGUUGGCUCUGCAAAUCUGCCUAAUCAUUCCGUUUUUACGUUUGCGCUUGGAAAUGUAACUCUCAACCUGAAAAGUUCGGACCUCGUUAUCGGCCAAGCAACUAUUCUCGAUAUUUUGCUUCGCCCAGGCAAUAACAACGUGUCACUUAGAGGAACCCUAGAUAUUAAAACUGUGCUCGAUAACCUUGAGGUCAUCAUGGAGGCACAAAGCGAUGCAUUAAAAGAUGGCGUCAUUGAACUAUCGGCCUCUGGAAACUCGACAAUUUAUAAUGGUAUCCACAUUCCAUAUUAUGAGGAGAUUCUGAGCAGUCUGACCCUUACCACGAGAGUAUCAGUACUCGGGGUCUUGGGUGACACUGUGCAAGGGCUACUGGAUAAUAAGAAUUCGUCUCUUGGGAAUGUUCUCCGAAACAUGACUAGCAUUCUGGGGGAUUUAUCUGGCUCAACGAAUAUUUCUUCCGCCAUCCAAGCUAUGAGGGCUCUAGUUUAG